UGUCCUCAGUAGUCUGAAUCACAGUUGGUUUAACAUUUAGCAUUGACAGUAAGUGGCCGAGGACUAAAAGCAAAGGAUGCCUUUCCCGGCGAGGCACACCAUUUAGGAAUCACACCGGGUUUCCCCUACAGUUAUUUAUCUGCGGGGCUCACGCAGAGGCAGCCUGGCUUCCUACGAGAGAGGGAGCGAGCCACACGCAGGCAUUUCGAGAGAGUUUUAAGCUUCAAAGUGUCACUCCCCCGCGGAGGCUCUCCCACCGCCGCCGCCGCCGCGUUGUGCCGUGCCGUGCAUGCCUCUUCCACUUCCUGCUGCAGAGCCAGUUCUGCCGCUUACCUGGGAGAGGCAGGGAGGGUGUCGUAAAAAGAGGAGGAAAAAAAAAAGCCCGGCCAGCCCAAGGAAGGAGACCCAGGCACGCCAAGAGAGCGACGGGGUGUGCAGGAGGCACGCCAGCCCUCUCGCUUUCCUCGGUCAGCUCAGCACGAGCCUCCCUCACCCGCAAGUGCUGCUGAAGGCUGCGUAGGACAGAUCCAUGGACCUGGAGAGGGAGAGGUGGCUGGAAAGCAUGAAGAAAACGGGAUUGUAGACCCCAUUUGCACCGUUCUCCCUGGCAUUGUUUGCUGGAAAAUCCUGGCCUUGCAGUAAGGCAGCUGACUCUCAUUUCCGGUGCGACUACAAAACUUGGAAAUGGCCUCUGUGUCAGGCACUUUUGUGGGUCGAAGCAUACCAGUCGAAGUGGAUGAAUCCAUGCCGUGGUCCCCCUUUCCCGAACAUGUCUUGGAAAAGGCUUUGCAGCCUUCUGGAGAGGAUAUGGAGGAUGAGGAGUCCCAGAGACCAUGUGUCACUCGAACACCUCAGCCUGUGGCCGAUCCAUCAUCCCUCUGCAGAGCACCAGCACGUCAUCAGUCAGCACUGUCUGUGGAGCCGGACAGCAGCUUGUGGUCAAAAUAUACCGAUCCUGAUGGAGAUGGACACUUCUGUUCCCCUGGUGAAUCAACAGCUGGAGUAGUUCUCUCCAAGAUGCAUCUUGUAGCUAUGGACAAACCAGGCAUGCAGCCAAGAUUACAGCUUUCAGCUGACACUGGGCACAACUCCAGUAAAUCAGAGCAGAGCUUGUCUGACGCUCCCGAGGACUCACUGGAGGAGAGCAGCCAAGGGAGUUCACGGUCACAGCAACCCUCAGGAAACAGACCCCCAGCAGAGAUGGGGACUGUGGACACGGGGUACAACUCCCACUCACGAGACAUCAUGGGCAUCAGGCACCUGGAGCCCCCCUUACCACUGGUGUCUGUGGUGAACCCCCAGGACCUCCCAGGACCACUGAUCUCCAGAGAGUUUUUUGGACCUGAGCAUCAGCAGUGCCCUAUAUGCCAGCACUUGCCCCAUCCCAACGCCUCCUCGCAAGCCCACGGCUGCUUUGGGCACCGCUGCCCAGCAGAGCAGCACCCCCAGGGCCCAUAUGGCAGAGCUCCUUACCAACAUUUUGCACAAACAUCACAACCACUUCCUCCUGUUCCUGGACCUUGCAUGAGAGUUAUCCGCCCGGCCCAGCAAGUCAUCCCAAAUUACUCAAAUCUUCGUGCUCCCAAGGGCACCGGAGACCGACCACCCCAGAGGACAUGCUCCUCCCCUGGUCCUCCUCGAUUCCCAAACCAGCUAUACAACCAGCUACCUAAUGGUCAGCUUCCCCCCAAGGCAUGUGGCCUGGAUGAAGCAUGCUGUUGUCCUUCUGACAAUUUUCCAUCUCCAGCUGCCGUCCCGAGACCUCUCAGUAACCCUGCAGCCAAGGGAACGCUGAGAACCAGCAAUUUGCCAGAGGAGUUGCGCAAGGUCUUUAUAACCUAUUCGGUGGACACAGCGGUGGAGGUUAUGAAAUUUGUGAACUUCCUGCUUGUAAAUGGAUUUCAGACUGCUAUUGAUAUAUUUGAGGACACGGUACGAGGUAUUGACAUCAUUAAGUGGAUGGAGCGCUACCUAGGUGAUAAGACGGUGAUGAUAAUCAUAGCAAUCAGUCCAAAAUACAAACAGGAUGUGGAAGGGGCUGAAUCCCAGCUGGACAGGGAUGAACAUGGCUUACAUACUAAAUACAUCCACAGGAUGAUGCAGAUCGAGUUUAUACAACAAGGAAGUAUGAACUUCAGAUUCAUCCCUGUGCUUUUUCCAAAUGCCAAAAAGGAACACGUGCCUACCUGGCUGCAGAACACUCACAUUUAUAACUGGCCAAAGAAUAAGAAGAACAUCCUUUUGCGGUUACUGAGGGAGGAGGAAUACGUUGCUCCUCCAAUAGGACCUUUACCAACACUCCAGGUUGUGCCGUUAUGAACGUUAUUACUUAAAGUGCACGACAAGCAGUUGUUAAAGGGUUGUUCUUGGCAGGGAGCCAACGCUCUUCCAGAUGGCUCUUUUUGAUGACAGAAGACACGCUUUCUGCUAAAGGAAUUGGUUGUCUUGGGUAACUCAGGCUCAGCUUGUUCUCUACAAUGUUAAACAUCUAUUUCUGAAGCUGAUGGGGCAGAACUCUUCUCUAGAUUUUUAAAUAAGCUGCAAAUGCAAAGAAUGCCCAGUUUUAUUUUAACAUCUGUUUUUAACAUAUUCCUUUAUUAGUCAAUAUAGCAAACAAAUACCAGAAAUAAUGUUGCAAUAAGUGUAAAAUAAAAAUUACAUCCUCCUUUUUGCUCAGGGUUUCUUUAAAGAUAUUCCUGCCUUGUAUAGCAUUACCAAACAGUUAAUUUGUGUAUACACUAUGAAAUAUAUUUGCCUUUUGUAAGGCAACCUUA